AUGAAGUCAGGUAUCAUAAAUUGGAAUAAAAAACAAGUUUUAUUUGUAUUUAUUAUAACAAUUCGAUUGACAAUUAAAGGACAGUCAUCACUUGGUGCAAAUCAGACAAUACCUGUAAAUUCAUCAUCAAUUUAUCAAAAUUCAACUAUUAUUCCAAAGGUAACUAAUAAUACAAUUAUAACAGAUGCUAAUAAUACAUCUACUAAUAAUAUAUUUGCAUCUAAUGCAACAGUAUCAUCUAAUAAUAAUAAUACAACAACAACAACAAGCAUAAUGUUCACACAAAAUAUUAACAACAGUAUAGGUGCUGUUCAAAAUAAUACUGUAUUAAAUACUCUAAAUACAACAUUGGUUAAUUUAAUUAACAGUACUCAAUUGAAUAAUCAACUAAAUUCAUCAUUAUUAUUAAAUAAUACUCUCUCAUUCAAUUCAUCGAUUGUUACCAACACUACAACUACUACUUUACCAAUUCGAAAUAUUACUGUUAAUGUGCAAUCUGCAAUAAAUACUUCUAUCUUAUAUACAAACUUAGAUUUGAGUAAUAACUCAUCGAUUAAUUCUACAAUUAGAAAUGUUUACAUUACUACUCCAUUAUCAUUCAUUAAUUCUUCAAGUAAUAAUUUGACGAACAGAAGUGAUACAUUAAAUACAACUCUAAUUGUUCAAUCAUCAGGCACUAACACGACUAUAUUAUCCAACUCAUCAUCAAAUACUACUCCACCAAGUCAAAUUAUUAACAAUAUAACAAAUAUAAAUAUUUCAUCAAUUAAUGGAACAACAACUCCACAGCCGACCAUUAUUCAACAAACAGUUAGUAAUUUCUUACCGGUUAUACCUUCAUCAAACUUAUCGAAUCAAAGUUUAUCUCUCACUGCUAAUAAUACAGAGACACAUGCUCCAUCAGCUAUUGUUUCUCCAGUUCCACCAGCGGGAACAAAUCAACAAAUUAUUAAUACUUCUUUACUGACACCAGUGGCAGUAAAUGUUUCAAAUCAAAAUUUAACAUUAUCAAAUAAUAAUUCACAAAUAGGCACUUCAUCAGUAUCAUUAGCAACGAGAUUACCUAUGAUCACAACAAAUACUUCAAAUAUAAAUUUACCAUCAUUUAUAAAUGAUACAGCAACGCAUCCAUCCAUUGCACCGGCUCUAAUAGAUUCAUCCGUAAGACCAGGUCAACAAACUAAUAAUACAGUUGCUUCACCAUUGACAACAUCUAAUCAAUCAAAUCAAACUAUAAUAAUCAAUAACAAUACUAACUAUGCAAGUACACAGUCUAAUCUAAAUAUUUCAAGACAAACUGUAAGUGUUGAUCAGCACGGAGUCGAUAUACUUGCUCCAACACAGAGUGGACCAACUAUUCUUAAUCAAAGCAUGCCAACAUCUAAUAAUAUUACUCAAACAAGAAACAUAUUAAAUGAUACAACUCCACAUCCUACUAAUACACUCUCACCAUUAAACGGUUCUAAUCAAAAUCUCUCCAGUUUGUUAAACACUACAGGCCAUGAUAUUAUUCAACAAACUAUUAAUAAUCUUUCAUUGACUACUCCAAUAUCCAACUAUUCAAAUCAAACAUUCGCGCUGCCUUCGAAUACUACACAACCAAGCAUUAACAACGAUUCAAUACCGACAAGAAUACCAUCUGCUACAUUAUCGCCAACACUUAAUACAAUUCCGUCGAUUCCACCACAAACAAAUACAUCAAAUCAAAGUCUAUCUUCAACUGACAAUACUACACGCGCAUCGAUUUCAAUUAAUUCCAUACCUACUAGACUAUUGCCCGACGUCAGUCAACAAACGCCUAAUAGUCUUCCAUCAAGUGGGCAACUAUCAAACAUUUCAAAUCAAAGCGUGUCACUUGUUUCUAACAGUACACAAGCAACUAUUCCUCUGGGUUCGUUACCAACAAUGUUACCGUCUGCUACAGUACAUCCAACAGUUGAUACACAUGUCUCGGCUUCAUUGCCAUCGAAUACAUCAAAUCAAAGCAUACCACUAACUGGAAACGUUACACAAGCGUCCGCUACUUUAAAUCCUUCAAAUACUACUCGUAGUCUUCCGUCAACUGGGCAAUUAUUAAACACUUCAAAUCAAAGCGUAUCACUUACUUCUAAUAGUACACAAGCAACUAUUCCUCUCGGUUCGUUACCAACAGGAAUGCCGUCUGCCACAGUACAUGCAACACCCGAUACACAUUUUGCAGUUACAGUGCAACCGAAUACAUCAAAUCAAAGCGUACCACUGACUGCAAAUGCUACACAGGCGUCAGCUACUUUUAACUCGUUACCAACCAUAGUACCUGAUACAAAUUCAAAUACUACUCAUAGUCUUCCAUCGACGGGACAACUAUUAAAUGCUUCAAAUCAAAGCGUGUCAGUUGCUUCUAAUAGUACACAAGUAACUAUUCCUCUGGGGUCGUUAUCAACAAUGUUACCGUCUGCUACAGCACAACUAAAUACAUCAAAUCAAAGUUUAUCAUUGGCCUCGAAUGCCACCCAGGGGACUGCGAUUUUAAACUCGAUACCAACCGUAAUACCUGAUACAAGUUCAAAUACUACUCAUACUCUGCCAUCAACUGGGCAAUUAUCAAACGCUUCAAAUCAAAGCGUGUCACUUACUUCUAAUAGUACACAAGCAACUAUUCCUCUGGGUUCAUUACCAACAGGAAUACCGUCUGUUACAGUACAUGCAACGCCUGAUACACAUUCUUCAGCUACGGUACAAUUAAAUAUAUCAAAUCAAAGCGUAGCACUGACUGCAAAUGCUACGCUAGCGUCUGCUACUUUAAACUCGUUACCGACUAUAGUACCUGAUACAAGUUCAAAUACUACUCGUAGUCUUCCAUCGACUGGACAAUUGUUAAACGCUUCAAAUCAAACUUUUCCACCUUCAUUAAAUAGCACUCAAGCAGGCAUUCAUCUUGAUUCGUUACCGACAAUGUUACCGUCUGCUACAGUACAUAUAACACCUGGCACACAUUCUGCAGCUACAAUACAACCAAAUACAUCAAAUCAAAGCCUGCCACUGAGUGGAAAUGCUACACAAGCGUCAGCUACUUUAAACUCGUUACCGACUAUAGUACCUGAUACAAAUUCAAACACUACUCGUAGUCUUCCAUCGACUGGACAAUUAUUAAACGCUUCAAAUCAAACUUUUCCAUCUUCCUUAAAUAGUACUCAAGCAGGUGUUCAUCUUGAUUCGUUACCAACAACGUUACCGUCCGCUACAGUUCAUGUAACACCUGAUACACAUUCUGCAGCCACAAUACAACCAAAUGCAUCAAAUCAAAGUUUACCAUCGAUCUCGAAUGCUACACAAUCGUCUGCUACUUUAAACUCGUUACCAACCAUAGUACCUGAUACAAGUUCAAAUACUACUCGUAGUCUUCCGUCAACUGGACAAUUAUUAAACACUUCAAAUCAAAGCGUGUCACCAGCUUCUAAUAGCACCCAAUCAGCUAUACAUCUUGAUUCUUUACCAACUAUGUUACCAUCGGCUACAGUACAUGUAACACCUGAUACACAUUCUGCAGCUACAGCACAACUAAAUGCAUCAAAUCAAAGUUUACCAUCGAUCUCGAAUACUACACAGUCGUCUGUUGCUUCAAAUUCGUUACCGACCAUAAUACCUGAUAUAAGUUCAAAUACUACUCAUAGUCUUCCAUCAACUGGGCAAUCGUUAAAUCUUUCAAGUCAAAGUUUACCACCAAUUAUAAAUACUACACAGACAAAUUCACCUUUCAACUCAUUACCAACUAGAGCAUUGCCCGAUGCAAGUCAGCAAACAAUGAACGGUCUUCCAUGGACUACUCAUUUACCAAAUGGUUCAAAUGAAAGCUUGUCAUCGUCAUUAAACGGAACGCAGGCAACUGUAUCUGUGGACUCGUUACUAACAAGAAUAGCAUCUAGUACGGUACAUUCAAUACCUGAUGGUAACUCGUCAAAUCCUUCGUUAGCGCAUGUGUCGAGUCAAACUUUAGCAGCAACAGGAAACAGUACUCAAAUAGGUGUUUCUGCUAAUGUUUUACCGACUAAUUCAAAUAAUGUUACAGAUCAUACAAUCCUGAAUACUCUUUUAUCUUUGACAUCGCCGGUAAUGCUUUUAAAAGAGAAUGUAACAUCAUCUACCAAUCAUACAGAUAUAUCAUCCGCUUCUGACUUGCCUACUACAAGAUUACCUUUAGUUACGAUUCAUCAAACGGACAGUACUAAUCAACAAGUAUCAGGACAGUCAGUGGUACAAAACCAAACUGAAAUUGUUUUACCAACGCUUUCUUCAAUUAGACCAGAGCAAAGCGUUUCACCAUCUUUAACUAACACAAAAACUGAUUCAACUCCUCACUCAAUAUUCACACAAUUUUCAAUUGGUACCAUGCAACCAACUUUAGCUAUCACUGCACAAACACCAUCACCAUUAAAUACGGUACAGCCAAACAGUUCAUCUAGUGGAGAAACUGCUCACAUAGUUCCAUCUACGAUCGAACACACGGAUAGCACUUUACCAUCAAGAUUAGUAUCUUUACUACUUUCAAAUAAUGCUUCAUCCACGCAAAUGCCACUAUAUACAGUAGCCAAUAAUCAGACAAAUCAAACGGAUGCAACCGGACAGCCGUUAAUAUCUACUAUUUCAAUACUAUCAACAUUAACAGGAACUAACCCAACUAGAAUAUCCAACACCAAUAGAGAAAUUGAUACAACUCAUGGUCCUGGUUUAACUGUACAAAUGACAGCUGUUACUGAUCAUCUCACUUCACCACUUCUUACUGCACUUAUGUCUUCGUCAUUUUCACGAUCAACGUUACCUUCAAAUACAAAUGAUGUUACUUCUGAUCCGAAUAGAACUGGAUCGAUAGCGAAUAAUCUUAUGAUAUCAUCAACUGCAUCUAUUACAUUACCGCAUGAAAAUAUUGAUUUAGCUCAUAAUUCGAUUACUUCAUCCACUUCAAACUUACCACUUUUAUUAAGCACAUUAAUUAGCCAUUCGAAGAUUACCACAUCGCCAAUGACUGCUGAAUCAUUAAAACCUGAUGCUGCUUUUGUAACAUCGAGCCCAAUUUUAACUUCAAUUACAACGUUUGCAACGAAUAUAAAUACAAUUAAUUCUAUGUUAUCAACUCAACAAACAGCUGGAUUACCAGUUACUGUUUUUACUUCUGUUCAUAGUGAAACUUUAUCAAGUACUAUUCGAUCAUUUUCGUCGGAUCCAAAUAACACUCCACAAAAUACGAUGGACACUACAUCAAUUUCAAAAGCAUACACUAGUCAAGCUAGUUCUACAUCGAUUAUGUCAAGUUUAUUUCCAACACAAACUACAUCGACCGUAUUAUCUUCGAUGAACACUAUUAGUGAUACAUCUUCAUUAUCUUCAUCACCAUCAACUGUAAACAUGAUAUUUACAACUUUACCAACUACAAGUACAUUAUCGUCAGUCAUAACUCAAAUCACUAGUUAUUCAUCUAGCACGCAAAGUAUCUUAGAAAGUACUACUUCUACUGGAAUUCUAUCAUCAUUAUCAUCAGCACAAAUAAGAAAUAAUACGAGUCUGCUUUCUUUAUUAUUAACAACAUCUGGUUCAUUCAUAUCGAAUCAAACAUCAAGCAUGGGUAAUACCAAUUCAAGUAUUUCAGCUACAGCACAACUAAAUAUAGAAAUAACUAAUAUUACAGCCGUUAGUGAUUGUGUCUUCCCAUUUCUUUAUCUUGGUCAGUGGUAUUCAAAAUGUAUAAGUGAUGUUUUCAAUGAUAGUUGGUGUUCAUUAACAAAUAAUUUUGAUCAAGAUCGAAAAUGGAAAUACUGUCGAGCAUCUCGUGUUAAAACUACUGGUGGAACAGGAAAUGGAAAUGAUUGUGUCUUUCCAUUUAUUUAUCAAGGUACUUCAUUUUCAACAUGUAUUUAUCGUACAGUUACAGUCGGUACAAUGACAUCAUUUUCAUUAUUUUGUUCAACAACAUCUAAUCUUGAUCAGCAUGGUUUAUGGGGAUAUUGUUUAGAUUAUGGUUCAUGCUAUUUUCCAUUUACUUAUAAUGGUACUACUUAUUCAGAUUGUCUUAGUGGAUCACAAUCAGCUCGUUGGUGUUCAACAACAUCAAAUUAUGAUCGUAACAAAAUGUGGAGCAAUUGUCCCGUUACUUGUGAUGGGUAUCCACAACAAGAUGAAAACUCAGUUGGGUUUCGAUUACUAACAGAAGAACGACCAUGUGUAUUUAAACCAUUAAUUUCUCAAGACAACGGUCUUAUUUUAAAAUAUUAUACAAUACCAACAUGCCAAUUGGAACCAUUAUGUCGUGAUAAUUAUGUACCAUUAUUUAAACAAAUAACAUGUCAAGAAGAUGGUCGAUAUAGUUAUCCAAGAACAAUAUGUUUACCAAAAAGUUAA